UUUAUUUUCUUGCGAGUUGGCAGCCCUGACUCUCGCACACAAAAAUCUCAUUAAUUAGUUCGCAUUUUAGACAACGAAGCAGCAGCAGUUCCAGGGUCAGCUUCGAAAUCAAAAAUAAUACUUAACCUGCGAACUUUGACACUGUUCAACAUAGCUAACUAAUUUUUGUACAAGAACAAGAAUUACCAGCCGCAAUCAAGUAUUCAUCUAUACAUUUAUACAAUCCUGUAUAUUGGAACGGACAACUAUAAAUUCAUAAAUCUAACAUCAUAAGAUAAUUGAAGUACCAAUUACCGUACCCCAAGGAAUCCCGUAAUCCGAAUCCCAGACCCCCAGAAAACGGAGAUAACCGAUUAUAGAUACAUAUAUAGUGCGACAAAUCGUAUAUUCCAAAACACUCCAUUAGCGUUUAGUUAGGACAGAUAUAUUUAUACGUAUACAUAUAGAUGUUUAACGAAAUUUUCAAUUAGGCGCCAGAUUAGGAACGAAGAAAAGCAAUAAACGACGAACCUCAGCGUUAAGCAUAAAGAUCUACCUACCUAGAUACAACAUAUAUAGUUUAUAUAAUCCAAAUACCAGCCAAGUCGAGAGUGAUUCGAAGAUUAGUAGCAAAUCGAAGUAUUUAAAUUUCUAGCCGAGUUAUCUGUUAGCAGCUAGCACCUUUUAAAUCGCCGCAAAGACAUCUGUUUAAUUAGCAGAUACAUAUUUAGAUUUUGUACGUAGCUAGGAACAUCAUCUGCAUAUUUUUGAUAUUGCUGCCUCUUCCAAUUGAUGCGGCCAGUUGCAAUUGUUGCAAUUCCGGUCCGAGUGUAGAUUGUCGCUGUAGUUUAGUUUAGAUCCCGAUAGAAGCCACAGUCCCAGGACAUCCGUCAACCAUGGACGAGUCGCAACCGAAGACCCUGUACGUGGGCAACUUGGACAGCUCCGUUUCCGAGGACUUGCUCAUUGCCCUUUUUGGCACUAUGGGCCCCGUCAAAAGCUGUAAAAUUAUUCGUGAGCCCGGCAACGAUCCGUACGCCUUCAUCGAAUAUUCCAACUACCAGGCAGCCACCACAGCCCUGACCGCCAUGAACAAACGCCUCUUCCUCGAUAAGGAAAUCAAGGUCAACUGGGCCACCAGUCCGGGCAAUCAGCCCAAGACAGACAUCAGCUCGCAUCACCACAUAUUUGUGGGAGAUCUUAGUCCCGAAAUUGAGACGGAGACUCUGCGCGAGGCGUUUGCCCCAUUCGGCGAGAUCUCUAACUGCCGUAUAGUGCGCGACCCUCACACUAUGAAGUCGAAGGGUUACGCUUUCGUUUCGUUUGUAAAGAAGGCGGAGGCAGAGAACGCCAUCCAGGCGAUGAACGGUCAAUGGAUUGGCUCGCGGUCGAUACGCACCAACUGGUCAACACGUAAAUUGCCCGCGCCGCGCGAACCGUCCAAGGGCGGUGGCCAGGGAGGCGGCAUGGGUGGAGGACCAGGUGGCAAUGGAUCCGGUGUAAAGGGAAGUCAGCGCCACACCUUCGAAGAGGUUUACAAUCAAUCGAGUCCCACCAACACCACCGUAUACUGCGGCGGCUUUCCGGCGAACGUCAUCAGUGAUGACUUGAUGCAUAAGCAUUUUGUCCAGUUCGGUCCUAUUCAGGACGUACGAGUCUUCAAGGACAAGGGCUUUUCGUUCAUCAAGUUUGUCACCAAGGAAGCGGCCGCCCGCGCCAUCGAGCACACGCACAACAGCGAGGUUCACGGCAACCUGGUCAAAUGCUUCUGGGGUAAAGAAAACGGCGGCGACAAUUCUGCUAAUAACCUCAAUGCCGCAGCCGCUGCGGCAGCUGCCUCGGCGAAUGUUGCAGCUGUUGCUGCUGCAAAUGCGGCGGUUGCCGCUGGCGCGGGUAUGCCCGGCCAGAUGAUGACACAGCAACAGAUUGCCGCUGCCACAGGAGCGGCGAUACCUGGCCAAAUGAUGACGCCCCAGCAAAUUGCAGCCGCCACGGCGCAGUAUCCAUUCGCCUAUCAGCAGAUGAGUUACUGGUACCCUCCAGCGGCUUACCCCACAACCCAGAUGCAAACGCAGUACAUGCAGCAGGGCUACUAUCCCUACGCCUACACUACCAGUGCUCAGCAAGCGGGAGGAGUCCCUGCUGGAUACCGCAUGAUGCCGCCUAAUGUCGCAUGGGGUGUCCCCGGAACCGUGGUGCCCGGUGUAACGGCUGCCGCAGCAUCAGCGGCCGCAGCAGCGAACGGUUCACUUGCCCCCCAGAUGAUGUACAGUGCUGCGAUGCCACAAUACCAGACCCAAUGAGCUGAGAUGUGACGCCAGCUUCGACGCCGUUUGCAGCAUCCGGGAAGUCGCCCCCAGCCGCAGCCACAACCACCUCUGCUACACCAGUUGCCGCAGCUGCAGCAAUUGCAAGCGCAUUACGCACGUUUAGGUUACGUACAAUACCGAGUAGUAGGAAAGUCGGAACCGCUCCUGGCCCUGCCGGUGAGCAGCAGUAGCCACAUCGAUGGUGGCGAUGCAGCAGGAGAUUAGAGAGUCGCAAGAUUGUUCGGUUUAGAGUUGUGGCUACGGUUGCGGCUGACUGUGGUGGGCGGAAGCAGAAUCGGAAUUGGGGGGUGCUAAAGCUCCCGAGGUCGAAGGUCGAGGCGAUGCGUGGAACUCAACUUAAAGUGAACCACGCCGGCGACAACUGAAACAACAUCAACUGAAAAGCUCCGGGCGAUGGGCGGGUAGCUGUAACAAUCUAAUCCAAUCUAAGUACGUGUUAAAAUAAUUUAAUGAUUUGUAAUUUAAGCAGAUAUAGGCGUAUAAACGAAACGGAAACAAAAUAAACCGAAUGAGAAAUUCAACAAAAACAAACAGAACAGAAAAAUGGCAAAUUAUGCGAGACAAAGUUAAAAAAGAACAAUCGAAACAAACAAAAGAAAGUGACAAAGCAAAUUGUAAUUGUAACUAUGUGGAACAUGUGUCAACGAAAACUGAAGACGAAAAAGGAAGCGUCAGCAGGAUGAAAGGAAAGCCACAAGCAAGCCGAAUGCAAAAAACAAGAGGAAAAACAAAUUUAGUCACUAAGAGAAUGUAAAUUCGAGCAUACAUAUUGUAUAUUUCCAAUGUGGAAAACGAAAUGCGAUAUAAAUAUGUAAAAUGUAAAAUAAAGAAACAAAAAAAUAUAUAAAACAA